AUGCGAACAAUCAGAUUUAAUGGGUUUUUUCAAGUGGUUCUGGAGAUUGUCUUCUGCUGCGAUGUCGUGGAGGGAUAUGGACUCAGUGAAACAGCAGCCGGUGUGACACUUGCCUCGGGUCAUAUGCCAUUGGGGCCGCACGUUGGUCCGCCACUCGUUCGAAUGCAAGUGUGUCUCGAAGAUGUACCUGAGAUGGGAUACACUAGCAAAGAUAAGCCUCGACCGCGUGGAGAAGUUCUUACGAAGGGUCCGUUGUUAUUUGCUGGAUACUACAAGCAGCCGGAGAAGACGGCUGAAGUGAUUGAUGAAAAUGGGUGGUUCCACACGGGUGAUAUUGGUUGCUGGAAUGCUGAUGGCACACUCAGUAUUAUUGACCGCAAGAAGAACAUCUUGAAGCUAUCGCAGGGUGAGUAUGUCGCUGCUGAGAAAGUUGAGGGAGUUUACCUCAAGAGCAAGUACGUUGCCCAGAUCUUCGUAUACUGGAGAUGA